AUGCGUAUUGCGACACUACAGUUCGCCCCCAAGCUGGGUGAUGUUGAGAGCAACAUCCAACGCGCUAAUGAAGUCUUGAACCGAGGCAAGCUUCUCUCAUUGGGUUCUGGCCGGAGCUUGAAUCCCAAAGCUGGUCUCACCGCUGCCAUUGAGAUUGAGAGACUGAGACCUGAUGUUUUGGUUUUACCUGAGUUAGCAUUGACGGGAUACAACUUCCCCUCAUUGGAAGCCAUAAAACCCUAUCUUGAGCCCGCAGGCACAGGCCGCAGCGCCACCUGGGCGCGCGCCACAGCCAAGCGCUUAAAAUGCAAAGUCUGCAUCGGGUACCCGGAAAUCGAAAUUGGAAAUGGUACAGACCCGGCUAAAUACUACAACUCCCUUUUGGUAGUUGACGAGCACGGCGAGGUUAUCCACAACUACCGUAAGUGCUUCUUGUACUACACAGAUGAGACGUGGGCGGCCGAAGGGAAUGUGGAGCGGGGGUUCCACGAGCUUGACUUCCACUCGCGGGAUGAUGCACAGCGUACAUCCGGAGAUCUCGUGGGUGAUAUCCACCGAGGUGCAGCAGGUGGCGAUAAAGGCGACGGUGAGGUAGUAGGGUCCGCACCAUCCAGCAAAAAAGUGGCAACAUCAUUCGGUAUCUGUAUGGAUAUCAAUCCUUACAAAUUCGAAGCACCCUACGCCGCCUACGAGUUUGCCUCGCGUGUUUUGGACUCCCAGUCUCAGCUUGUGAUUCUCUCUAUGGCUUGGCUGAGUAUGCACAGCCGCGAAAUCUUAGAUGCAUUAAACCGGGAACCGGAUAUGGAUACCUUCAGCUACUGGCUCCAGCGGUUCAUGCCGCUCCUGGAGAAAGAGAUGCAGCAUGCACGAAAUGUGGAUGAUGAGGAUACCCCCAAACAGGUUGUGAUCGUCUUCGCCAAUCGAGCCGGUGAAGAGCCGGCGGCAGAUGAUACCAAGCCACCGGCGCUGUAUGCGGGGACCAGUGCCGUUGUUGCGGUGACGCAACGGGCCGGGUUGGGGUCACGGGAGGGAGUACAGGCGGAGAAAGAGAUGGAGGUGAAGAUCCUCUGUUGGGAUCAGCUUGGAGCGCAGGAAGAAGGUAUUUGUUUCGCGGAUACCACGGCAGACCCGAAAAUGGUUUUUGGGCUUCGUCGUUCGGAGUGA